AUGACUUGCGAUGCGUGUAACACGAUCCCACCCGUGACCUCUGGGGAAUAUACUCCAAAAGGGAGUUAUGUCACGGUAGGCGGAUUAAAGACUUACAUCACGGGACCCUCAACCUCCUCCAUCGGCCUUGUAGGAAUCUACGAUGUCUUCGGACUCGCUCCGCAAACCCUCCAAGGCGCGGAUCUCCUCUCCACUGCGCUGAACGCCCUUAUCCUCGUCCCUGACUUCCUUGAGGGGGAUGUCGCUAAAGAGAGCUGGUUUACGGGGGCGACUGAGGAGGGUGAUACAGCCAAGGCGGCGUUUAUGGCAAAGGCUGUGGAUAUGGAUAGGUGGACGCGAGAGUUGGCGGAGGUGGCGAGGGAUGCGAAGAGUAAAUGGGAAGGCGUGGGGAGUUGGGGUGCUUAUGGGCUGUGUUGGGGUGGGAAGGUCGUUGUUCUCUCAUCUGGUUCAAACUCGCCCUUCAAAGCUUCCGGUCAAGUGCAUCCUGGCCGCCUCGACGCCGCCGACGCCCUCAUUGUCAAAAUCCCACACAUUGUUCUAGCAUCAAACGGUGAAGACGCCGGGAUGAUCGCCUCGUACGCCGAGACCCUCGUCGGCGAGGGGAAACCGCAUGUCGUUGAGACGUAUGCGGAUAUGCAUCAUGGGUGGAUGGGUGCCAGAGCUAACCUGGCAAAUGAGAGGAAUUUGAAGGAGUAUGAACGAGGGUAUAACCAGCUCGCUGCUUUCUUCGCCAAACAUCUCUAG